AUGCCUGGUCUAAUAAGACAGAGUUGUUCUUCGGCAAGCUUAUCUGACGGGUCGUUCAACAAUGAUGACUCAAGCAGCAUCAGCAGCACUGGUGUUCAUGAUGACUUAUCUUACCCGGCCCUGGCAGUGCCUGGUUAUGGCGAGAAGCCCCUUUCGGAACAACUAGAACCUAUCGCUGUGGUUGGCAUGGGUGAGUAACUAACCAUGGAAUUGAAGGGGUUUGGCUAACAAUUUCAGGUUGCCGUCUGCCUGGAGAUGUUAGCUCGCCUACUGCAUUUUGGGAUAUGAUGAUCAACAAGGAGACUGGAAAUACCCCCAAAGUACCUUCGUCAAGAUUCAAUAUCGAUGCGCACUAUCAUGUUGACAACGAACGACCUGGGUCGUUCAAUGUUCUAGGAGGAUACUUUCUCAAUAGUAGCUUGAAAGAAUUCGACCCUGGCCUAUUCGGUAUCACGCCCAUCGAGGCUAUGUGGAUGGAUCCCCAGCAGCGAAAACUACUCGAGGUAGUCUACGAGUGCUUUGAGAAUGGAGGGGUAUCGAUGGAGUCGCUUGCUGGUAGCAAGACCGCUUGCUUUGUUGCCAGUUUUACAGCCGACUUUCAACAAAUGGGUAAUUACUCUCGGAGCUUCCUCAUACGCAAUACUGACAUUGGUGUUUAGCCUUCAAGGAACCUAGUUUCAGACAUAGUUACGCAGCCACGGGUGUUGAUCCCGGUAUUAUUUCCAACAGAAUCAGUCAUGUUUUCGGCUUGAACGGCCCUAGUAUCGUCGUAAAUACAGCAUGUUCUUCAUCCGUUUACGCAUUACACAACGCUUGCAACGCCCUCCGCAACAAAGAAUGUUCCGGAGCAGUUGUAGGCGGGACAAACCUGGUGCUUACAGUGUAUGUUAUUCUCCACCGACUCGAGAAUCCAUCAAGUCCUCGAGCCUGUCUUAACCCAGAACUUCCAUGCUGACUUGAAGUCUCCCAGUGAUCAACAUAUGAACACAGCCAAGCUUGGCGUCCUCUCGCCAUCAUCAACUUGUCACACUUUCGAUGCCUCAGCGGAUGGAUACGGUCGUGCCGAUGCCGUUGGAGCUUUGUACCUUAAAAGACUUAGCGACGCUGUACGAGACGGGGAUCCUAUCCGCGCAGUAAUUCGCUCAAGUGCUGUGAACUCCAAUGGAAAAGUCCCCGCUGUUGGCAUCACCCACCCGAAUCUGGAAGGACAAGCUGAGGUCAUUAAACAUGCCUACAUUCGAGGAGGCGACCUUGACCCCAAGCUCACCUCGUAUUUUGAGUGCCACGGUACUGGAACAGCUGUUGGUGAUCCCCUCGAAGUUCAUGCGCUAGCCAACGCCAUGAAUGCGAACAGGUCUCCCGUAGAGGAGCGUCUUUGGAUCGGAGCUGUUAAGACCAACAUUGGCCACAGCGAAGCAGCAAGUGGAAUCUCUGCAAUCAUCAAAGCAGUUCUUUCUGUUGAAAAGGGUGUCAUUCCACCAACGCGAGGUGUUGUUAAUCCAAACCCUGCCAUUGAUUGGGAGGGAUGGAAGGUUCGAGUUGUCAAUGACCCAGUUCCUUUCCCAGAACACAUUCCUGUCAAGAGAAUCUCUGUCAAUUCAUUUGGAUACGGAGGAACGAACGCACAUGUUAUUGUCGAGAGUGCUGAUAGCUUGGUAACCGGCCGCCGCUCAUACACAGAUGCUUCAAACAAGAUUGCACCACCUCGUGAUUCAUUUCGCAGGAAACGCCCAUUCCUGCUUCCUUUCUCCGCCCAUGAUAAGCCUACUCUGAAGAAGAACAUUCUUGCCCUCGGCAAUGUCGUCAACGAUUAUAGUCUUCUAGAUUUGUCUUACACUCUCGGAAAUCGUCGCUCCAAGCUUUCAAGCAGAGGGUUCGUGGUAACUAGCACUACUGGAUUGGAAACAGCUUUCUCCAAUGAUCUUGACAGCUUUGCCUUUGCUGAAAAGAAGAGGACCCCGUUGAUCGGGUUUGCAUUCACCGGGCAAGGAGCUCAAUGGGCCAAGUAAGUCAAUUUUCCAUAACAAGAAUUACUGAAACACAAACUGACUUUUAUAGGAUGGGUGCUGAGCUUAUCACUUACUAUCCAAGUUUCCUGCGAAGCAUUCGCAUCCUUGACCGUACCCUAGAGGAUCUCGCGGAUGGCCCCAACUGGACGCUUGAGGACGUGCUCUUAGAAGACGCUGCAACUUCGAGAGUCGGCGAAGCAGAGUUUUCUCAGCCACUAUGUACAGCAAUUCAGGUUGCAAUUUUCCAGCUUCUAGCAACCUGGGGCAUCAAGCCAUGUGUUACCGUGGGUCAUUCCUCUGGUGAAAUUGGAGCCGCCUAUGCUGCCGGCUUGAUUUCAGCGACAGAAGCAAUCAUCGCCGCCUACUAUCGUGGCAAGGUUGUGGCUGAUGUGAAUACCGAUGGAGCCAUGCUGGCAGUUGGCCUAGGAGCUGAAGCUGUCGCUCCAUAUCUCGCCAACAUGGACGGAAAGGUCCUCGUUGCCUGCCAUAACUCUCCUGAUGGAGUUACCCUCAGCGGGGACCUGACCGCCAUAGAGACUGUCAAAGCAGCGCUUGAUACUGCCAAUGUAUUUGCAAGAAUUGUCAAGACUAGUGGAAAGGCAUACCAUUCUCACCACAUGGCGCCAGUUUCUGAGAAAUACGAAAAUCUCAUGCGUGCCGCAGCGGCAGCAGCACCAUUUGAUGCCCCGCAACCAUCGGAUGCCAUCAUGGUCUCCUCAGUCACAAAUUCCAUCAUUGCAAAGGGCACGCUAAUCGACGAAAAGUAUUGGAGUGCCAAUCUCCGGAGCCCGGUAUUGUUCAAUCAAGCGGUACAGACAAUUGCAACCGAUAGCCAAGUGCCCAAAAUCGACUUACUCAUUGAGAUUGGACCCCAUUCGGCGCUUUCUGGCCCAAUUCGUCAGAUCUGCACAUCCAACAAAUUUGACAAACUUGGAUAUUUACCAACCUUGCUCAGAGGUGCAGACUCUGCUGCACAGCUUCUGAAGCUCGCAGGAGAGCUCUUCUUAAGAAACUAUCCACUAGAUAUGGAGCGCAUCACUCUUAUUGAGGCCCCACUCCCAAGUGAAAAGAGUCACCUGGUAAUUAUUCCUUCUUCUAGUCUCGAUUACUUAUGUUUGCAAUGUUAUGCCUUCUGAUUCGUAUCUCAAUUUUCUCGCUUUCUACACUAUCGAACUAUGGUACUAACUCAUUACAGGAGAAGGGAAGAUUUAUCGUCGACUUACCAACGUACCAGUGGAAUUAUGGCAAAGACCUCUGGUCAGAGGUCAGACACAGCACUGAGCACCGUCAACUCACCCACGCACGUCACGAUAUUUUGGGUGCCCUAAUUCCUGGAGCUUCGCUACGUGAACCCAGUUGGAAAAAUAUGUUACGCAUACGUGAUCUGCCUUGGCUCAAAGAUCAUUCCUUGGGUGGGGAAGCUGUGUUCCCCGCAGCUGGAUAUUUUUCAAUGGCCAUUGAGGCCAUUACCCAGCUCAGCGAGGUUAGUGCUAAUCCAAUCAACAUUGACGGUUACGUCCUUCGGGAUGUGUCUAUCAAGGCUGCAUUGGUUACUCCCGACGAUGAUACUGGAAUCGAGGUCAUCUAUAACAUGAGACCUGCCAUCAAUAACCAUUCAAAUUCCAUAAGUGGCUGGUGGGACUUUAGCGUCUCCUCUGUCAAUGAAGAAGGAAACCGUAAGGAUCACAUCGCAGGAAGUAUUGCUGUCAAUGCUCUUCCCAGAGGUCCCACUCCCCGAAAAGUUCCAAAUCUUCCGCAGCGAGCAAGUGGAAAGUCCUGGAACCAGGGGUUACGAGAGGUUGGAUUCAACUAUGGAUCGACAUUUCAAGAUAUGACAGACAUCCGCUCCGAUAGCAUCCAAUAUGCGUGCGCUUCUAAAACCACAAUCAAAACGGAAUGCGGAGCUAUGCCCGGAGAAUCUCGUUAUGUUCUACACCCCGCUUGUGUUGAUUCCACUCUUCAAUUAUUGAUCGCUUCAAUCUAUGCGGGUCGCCUAAACGAUAUGGCUUGCGGUGCAGUACCCAUUCAAGUUGAUGAAGUGGCGAUCUGGAAACCGACCGCUAAGCAGCUUACUGCCUCCACCGCUGAUGCGUUUUCAUGGAUAGACCAAAGGGGCCUCCGUUCCUUCGUUGGCAGCUCCCAGCUGCUUGCGAGCGAUGGCGAGGUUGUUAUGCAGAUCUCCGAUAUGCGUUGCACUCUUUACGAAGCGGCAGUUCCAAUGAGAGUCGAGGCACCAAUGGUGGUCCAGCCAUACGGCGAGAUGAUCUGGAAGCUCGACAUUGACUAUUUGACACCUUCCAAGCUAGUUUCAGACUUGGAUAUACCUGAGCUUAUCGAGCUCGCCGUUCACAAGAACUCCGCCCUCAAGGUUCUAGAAAUUGGAUCUUCUUAUGCAGCAGAUAUCCUGAAAAAGUUUGGAUCAACUGACUAUACCGUCACUGGACUCACAGACGAGUCUGUUGCAGAACUCCAAACGAUCGUGGAAGGUUGCAAGUCGGCCAAGACAUUGAGACUUGACAUCUCCGCCGAUAUUGGCCCUCAAGGUCUAUCUGCCGACUCUUUUGAUUUCAUUAUUGCCUCAAUUGAGACAGAUGACGUUGCUUCGCUGAGCAAUAUGCACACACUUCUUGUUAAAGGUGGCCGUGCUAUCAUCGAGUCUGGCUCCACGCUGAGGGAAUCCACCCUCAAGAUGACGAAGUUCUCUGGAAUUGAUUGUCCUAUUCAACUAAAGAAUGGUCGUGUUGCAGUUAUUACAACAGCCUCAAAAACUGAUGAUGCAGCCGUUAAUGGAGCCGCAAACGAAAUCGUUCUCGUGUAUCGUCAAAGCCCAGCCGAAAUCUCUAUCGCAAUUGGAAAAGCGUUCACAGAUGCUGGAUGGCUCCCGAAAAUCACCGCGUUACAAUCUCUCCAAGAAAGUGAGCACAAAUACGUUGUGAUGAUCGCAGAUUUCGAGGGUCCUCUUCUGGCAACACUCAAAGAAUCGGAACUCUCCGCCAUACAGAGCAUUUGCACAGUGGCAUCCUCUGUCCUUUGA